CUUGACAGCAGCAGAGGAUUCUGGGACCUUGGGAGCAGCAGGAGGUUCUGGGGCCUUGGGAACAACAGGGAGCCUUAGGUCUUGGGAGCAGCAGAGGAUUCUGGGACCAUGGGAGCAGCAGGAGGUUCUGGGACCAUGGGAGCAGCAGGAGGUUCUGGGGCCUUGGGAACAACAGGAGGUUCUGGGGCCUUGACAGCAGCAGAGGAUUCUGGGACUGUGGGAGCAGCAGGAGGGCCUGGCUUCAGGGCUCCAGGAUGUUUGUCCUGGUGGAGAUGGUGGACACGGUGCGGAUCCCGCCGUGGCAGUUUGAAAGGAAGCUCAAUGAUUCCAUCGCAGAGGAGCUCAACAAGAAACUGGCCAACAAGGUGGUGUACAACGUGGGGCUCUGCAUCUGCCUGUAUGACAUCACCAAGUUAGAGGACGCCUACGUGUUCCCAGGGGAUGGUGCAUCCCAUACCAAAGUCCAUUUCCGCUACGUGGUGUUCCACCCCUUUCUGGAUGAGAUUCUGAUCGGCGUGAUCAAAGGCUGCAGCCCAGAUGGGGUUCAUGUCUCUUUAGGGUUCUUUGAUGACAUCCUCAUCCCCCCAGAAUCCUUGCAGCAGCCCGCCAAGUUUGACGAGGCAGAGCAGGUGUGGGUGUGGGAAUACGAGACAGAAGAGGGGGCCCACGACCUCUAUAUGGACACCGGGGAGGAGAUCCGCUUCCGAGUGGUGGACGAGAGCUUUGUCGACACAUCGCCCACGGGGCCCAGCUCUGCCGCGACUUCCACACCCAGCGAAGAGGCCCCCAGGAAGGAAGCUCCGUAUACCCUUGGGGGAUCCAUCAGUGAGCCAGGCCUGGGGCUUCUUUCGUGGUGGACGAGCAGCUAGUGGUCAGAGGAACCCCCUGGGCCGGUGGCCUGGGCCCGAAUGCGAGAGGGACAAAAGGGCCAGUGUGCUGGCCUCAGCUUGCCCAGAGACAUGUGGCCAGGAGCCAGGAGUACCCUGUCAGACUUAAGGGAAGGGUGGCGCCUCUGGCCCAGCUUUCUGACUCCGUGACUUUGGGCACGUCCCUUCCUGUCUCUGGUCUCCAUUCUCACAAGCUGGACUAGAUCCAGGAGCCCCUGCCUCCCGGCUUGGAAUCCCCAUGUGCUGGCAGCUGAACCCAGGUGCCCCCAUCUGAGUCACUGGCCCCCAGUGGCCGCCACCUUUCUUUGGGCUUUGGCCAUGGCGGUCAGACUGGUCAGUCGCCAAGCUGAAGAUUGGCUUUACUUACUGCCACAUGGAAACGCCAGUCACCCUGCUCCCUCCAAGCAAAGGGUGGCCACCACCCUGCUUUCUGAAGCUGCACCAUCCCCAGGGACUUCCCUUGCCGUUUGAGGCCAUCCCUGGAGUCUGCAGGGUGCGAGCCCACCAGGGGCAGGGCACAGCCAGUGGGUGGGCGGUGAGGAGAUUCCCAUGAGCCCCUGAUAGCACCCACCCUCAGAAUAAAACUGCUGCUGCUGGUAAAAA